UGCCACUUUCCUGACCCACAAGUAUCCAACUCUCCCUCCUCCACUUCCCAACCAGGUAUCAUUUGUCUCUGCAGUCCAAGUUUGUCACAAAAUUCCUCCAUGUCUUCCGGGAAUCUUAAGAUAGCUGUAGUUCCAUCCCUCCACCCAAUUAAACUUAUGUCAUGGCCCGAUCUGUAUUUCACACUUUGUUUCUUCAUCUCUUCUAAUAGGGGUUUCAGUGAUCUCUUCCUUCUCAGAGUCUCUGCUGUCAAAUCUGCAAAAAUUUGGAUAUUUUUCCCUCCAUAUGUGAUAUUUGUUCUUCCUUUAAUCUUUUUCCAUAUCUCUUCUCUAUCUCCAUAGUUAUGAAAUUUAACAAUUAUAUCUCUUGGUUUUUCUACCCCUUUUCCUUGUUGAUACUUCCCAAUCCUGUAUACUUCAUCCAGUUUGAACAUCUCCUCAUCCGAGUUGUCCAUUAUGAAGUUCAAGAUUUUGCCAGAUAGUUCUUUUAGGUCUUCCCCCUUUGUCAGUUCCAGGACUCCUCCUCUUACUCUGAUAUUAUUUCUCCUUUCUCUAUUUUCUUGCUCUUCCAUCCUAUAAAGCAAUCUCUUAUAUUCUUUUCUAUCUUCAAUUAUCCAUUUCUCUAAUUUUGGGAUGGUCUGAGCUUGGGCUUGUACCUUCUCCUCCACUUCCUCCACCCUAGUUAACAAUUGUCCCAGAUCUUCCCGGAUCAUCCCCAUCUCUUGCUUUAUUGAGUUUUCCAAACCUUUAAACAUCUCCGCCAUUUCUUUUUUGUUAGGUAUUUGCAUAUCUCUUUCCAACUCUCUCGGUUCAAUACCUUCCAUUUGGUUAUUAUAUACUGGGCC